GCCGCGGGGCCAAUCCAAGGCCGUCCUCCGUCAAGGUUGCAAUUUUCAAAUCCGCACUUUGUGCUGCAGAGGAAGGAAGACAGGAAGGAAGAGAUUCCUCCGAUCCAGCUCUUCCUGCAUCUUUGCCAGUUUAGACGCAAGAGGCCCGGAGGAUGCCCCUGCCUCCCAGCUCCAAAACUGUCGCCAUCAGGCAACCCUGGCCAGGCAGAUCCAUGGCAGUGGAGGAGGCCCAGGCCGAGAAGGGAGAGGCUUUGCAGGUCAAGCGGUCCCCCUCUUCACCCCAAGGAGCCCCCAAGAAGCGCUCUGCCUUUGGGGAUCUCACCAACGCCCACAAGACUCAGCACUUUGUCGGGAAGAAGGAGGAGGCGGUGGUCAAAGGGGCCACCAAGAAGGCGGCAUCAAAAGGAAGCAGGGUGGCCCUCUCCAAGAACAAAGAGAUCAACAUUAAAAAGUCCCAGAACAGAGUUCCUUCUGAAGAGGCACCAGCCGCUAAGUCAGAUCCUGUGGCCAAGCAGGAUCCAGUGGAGAAGGAGGAUCCCUGUCGAACAGUGGAGGAGCCAGUGGAACCGGUGCCCCCUGUUGAGGACAUCGACAAGGGACAUCUGGAUGACCCUUAUGCCAACGCCGAAUAUGCCAAGGAUAUCUUUGUUCACAUGCGGGAGCGGGAGGAGAAAUUCCUGCUUCCGGACUACAUGAAGGACCAGCCGGACAUCAGCACCGACAUGAGGGCCAUCUUGGUGGACUGGAUGGUGGAGGUGCAGGAGAACUUUGAGCUCACCCACGAGACGCUUUACCUGGCUGUCAAGCUGAUGGAUCACUAUCUGGUGAAGGUACCUGUCAUGCGGGACCGGCUGCAGCUCAUUGGUUCCACCGCCAUCCUCAUCGCCUCCAAGUUCGAGGAGCGCUGUCCUCCCUGCGUGGAUGAUUUCCUCUACAUUUGCGACGACGCUUACAAGAGAGAGGAGCUUCUGACCACGGAGGUGAGCAUCCUGCAGACGCUGCAGUUCGACAUCAACAUCCCCAUCGCAUACCGAUUCCUCCGGCGCUUUGCCAAGUGCGCCCAUGCCUCCAUGGAGACGCUGACCCUGGCCCGCUUCCUCUGUGAGCUGACCCUGCAGGACUACAACUUUGUCAAUGAGAGGGCAUCCUGCUUGGCCGCCAGCUGCCUCCUGCUGGCCCUCAAGAUGAAGAAGCUGGGCGGCUGGAGCCCAACACUAGAAUAUUACAGUGGCUACAAAGUGGAGGAGCUGUGCUUACUGGUCAAGAAGUUGAAUUUCCUGCUGACCUAUAAUCACGACCAAAGACUCAAGGCUGUCCGGAGCAAGUACUCUCACCGGGUCUUCUUUGAGGUGGCCAAGAUGGCCCCCAUGGACAUGUUGGAGCUGGAGGAAGCACUGAAGAGCUAAGUCUGGCAAAGAAGAGGAGCCAGAGUGUACAUACUCUUGUAAAUAGACGCCUGCUCUUAGCCUCUGAGGCCUGUAUAUUAUUUCUGUUGCUUUUUAUAUAUAUUUUUAAAAAGUUGCAUUAGAGGGAGGGAGGGGAGAAGAAGAUAAAAAGAAAUGUAAACAUUCAAUGCUUUAAAGGGGAAAUUGUUUGGAGUCAUAGGAAAGCUGUCAAUAAAAUAAAAUAAAAGUG